UUAUAGUAUCGUGGCCAUUUCCAUUUUCCACAAACGGUUAAUUCGGAAAAUAAAACCCAGCUGAAACCGAAAACUGAAACUGAACCUGGGGGUUUUUACGUCUUUUCACCUUCAUUUCAAUGGAGCUUGGUGGUUGUUCUUCUUCUUCGUCUUCUUCAAGCUUGUGUCUGCAACAAUUAACAGCACUAUUACGCACCGAAAUACGUUCUUGUUGUGUUUCCACUCGUGACUGGAGCAUCAGCAGCAAGAAGAGAGCAACAACACUUUCUUCCAUUUCCACGCGAACAUUUUCAGUGUCGUAUCGUAAAUUCGUCGAUUUCGCUUUGGAUGAAACCACAAGCCACACUCACUUGUUCUCUUCUCCUCUACAGGAAAAGUAUAAUUCUCUGGAGCCGAAGGAUGGUAAAGGAGAGAUUAGUAUCCAAUCAUUCGAAGCUGCCGAGAUUCGGCUUCUACGGAGUUUGAUCAUUGAGACAGAAACAAUGCAGGUUCUGGAUUUCACUGUCUUUCCAAGAGCAGAAUAUGAUGUCCCCAUAUUUUGUGCUAACUUUUUCACCACCGCUAGAACAAAUAUUGUCGUCCUGGACCUUAACCCUUUGCAUGAUGUCAUCAAUCAACGUCACUACAAGGAGAAGUACUUUAAAAGCUUAAUUCCUCUUGGCCUUAAAUAUGCAGAGCUUUUUCCAUGGGGAGGGAAGCUCACAAGUGAAUCUAUAAAGUUCUUUUCACCAAUUGUCAUUUGGACAAAGUUCAAUUCAAGCGCAGAAAAAUAUGAAAUUCUAUAUUCUGCAUUCAAGGAUUAUUACAAGGUAUGGUUGGAGUUGGUAAGCAAAGCCGUUAAAGAGACUGAUGAAUCCCAGAUUUCUCGGAAUCUCGAAGCUCAACAUAGAUAUCUGGUGUGGAGAGCAGAAAAGGAUCCUGGGCAGGGUGUUUUGAAGAAACUGAUUGGGGAAACACUUGCAAAGGAUUUGCUAAGAGGCUUUCUCUUUAAUGGAGUUGACGUACUAGGCAGCAAAACAUUCAACGAUUAUUUUCCGCACUACUGCUCGAAGGAUGGUGAUCUGAAUAAUAAAGGCAGCAUUAUUGGGAAGUCUUUUGAAAAUCGCCCAUGGGACGAGAGAGGAGAAUUCCUUGGUGAAGGAAUUAUACCAUAGGGAAGCCUUUCGUAAUCGUUCCUAGGAAAAAAAAUACAAAGACAUUGAGAUAGUAGAGACGAGGAAGAAACUAGAGGCAGUGAUCGAGGUGACGCAAGCCAAAAAACUCGGGUUGCGACUGCAAUUUUUGUCAACAGUUAACACCCUAAAUCAGUUGCUGUCUUGCUGAUUGGUUAAAUCAGCUAUCACUCGCUUGUAAUUUCUUUUCUUCUUGCUAUGUUUUUAUGUGUAUAUUAUGGGCUAAAAUCAAAAUUAAGCACCCUUGUAGUCUAGGAAAUUGUAAUGUAGACACUGAAAUUUUGAUUUAUCUGCUGCUCUACAUAUAUUUACAAAUAUAACACUUGAUUCGUGUAAUCUCUCCUUGUUUUUAGUCCUGGAACACAAUCUAAUUUCAGCUGAACACACCCCACACU